GCAUCAGCGUGUGGACCACAUUCACCGGCAAAGUUACAAUCAGCUGCUCCUUGUUUUAAAGUAAAACAUAUUGCCACCGUUAAAGCCAGUAAUCAGUCCACACAUAGCGGAAUAGCUACCAACGGCCAGAUGAAGCUCUUCGUCUGUGAAGGCAACCCGCACUGCCUGAAGGUGUUAGCCGCUUUAGAAGUGACUGGAGUUCAUUGUGACGUCCAGUAUGUCAACCACGAUGAGAGAGUGGUGCCCUUCCUCAGCCGUCCAGCCGUGCCAGCCCUGCUCCUGCCCGGUGGUCUGCACCUUUUCAGCCCUAAUGCCAUCUGCCGAUACCUGUUUGAAGUGAGUGGACAAGACUCCAGUGAGCUUUGCAGUCGCUGGCUUGAAUGGGAGGCCACAGAUCUUCAGCCUGCACUGCUGCAGUCCCUUCACCUGGCAGUGCUGCAGGGAAAAGGAUCCGAGGUGUCCAAGGUCCUCCAAGGGCCCUUAAACUACAUGGAGCAAAGCUUGAGCAAGGGGAACACGCCAUAUUUAACCGGGGAAGCUGUUUCAGUUGCUGAUGUUGUUUUGUGGGCAGCGCUGUACCCCGUUUUAUCUGACUCUUCACUAGCAUUGGGCGAGUGCACGUCUGUAAAGGCUUGGUUUGACCGCGGGGCUGUCAUGCACAGUUGUGCUGCUCAGAAAGUGCUGCAGGGAAAAGGCCUACAGGGCAUGAAGGGCUUCAUGCAGAGGCAGCCUGCCCCUCAGAGCAGCCAGUGCAGAGACGCGCAGCCAUGCAACAGCAACCCUGCUGAGGGUGAGGAAAGUGAGCGUGUGGUGUCCGUAGAGGAGAUGGAGGCAGCUGCUCUCACCUGGAGUAAAGGUCUGAACGCCUGUCCAUUGGCUACAGACAGACAACACCCCAUUUUGCCACAGGAGGGCAAGCGAAACCUCCUUGUGACCAGUGCCUUGCCUUAUGUCAACAACGUCCCCCACCUGGGCAACAUCAUUGGCUGCGUCCUCAGCGCUGAUGCCUUCUGCAGGUAUGGCCGUCUGCGAGGCUGGAACCUCCUGUUUAUAUGUGGCACGGAUGAGUAUGGCACAGCUACAGAGAACAAGGCCAGAGAGGAGGGUCUGACGCCGCAGCAGAUCUGCGACAAGUACCACGCCAUUCACUCCAACAUCUACAAGUGGUUCCAGAUUGACUUCGACUUUUUUGGCAGAACCACAACCGAGAAGCAGACGGAGAUUGCCCAGAACAUUUUCUGGAGAGUCCACAAGCAUGGCUUCCUCUUGGAAGACACGGUGGAGCAACUGCGUUGUGAAAACUGCAAGCGCUUCCUCGCCGACCGCUUCGUAGAGGGCAUCUGUCCCCACUGCAGCUACCCAGAAGCUCGUGGUGACCAGUGUGACAAGUGCGGGCGGCUCAUCAAUGCCGUGGAGCUGAGGGAACCCCAGUGUAAAGUUUGCAGGCAGACUCCAGUUGUAAGCACCUCCAAACAUCUUUUCUUGGACCUGCCAAAGCUAGAGCCUCAGUUGGAGCAGUGGCUGGACAAGUCAAUCAGCACAGGAGACUGGACAGCAAAUGCCAAACAGAUCACUCGCUCCUGGCUGAGAGAUGGACUCAAACCUCGCUGCAUCACCAGAGACCUGCGCUGGGGAACGCCAGUACCUCAUCCGGACUUUAAAGAGAAGGUGUUUUACGUGUGGUUUGAUGCCCCCAUUGGUUAUCUGUCCAUUACCGCCAACUACACCGACCAAUGGGAGGAGUGGUGGAAGAAUCCUAAUCAGGUGGAGCUGUACAAUUUCAUGGCCAAAGACAAUGUGCCAUUCCACAGUGUGGUGUUUCCCUGCUCCCUACUGGGAGCGCAGGACAACUACACUCUGGUCAGCCACCUCAUCGCCACUGAGUAUCUGAAUUACGAGGACACAAAGUUCUCCAAGAGCCGUGGUGUGGGUGUGUUUGGAGACAUGGCCAAGGACACGGGCAUCCCGCCAGAUGUGUGGCGGUUCUACCUCCUCUAUGUGCGUCCAGAGGGACAGGAUUCAGCCUUCUCCUGGGCGGACAUGGCUCUGAAGAACAACUCUGAGCUGCUCAACAACUUAGGCAACUUCAUCAACAGAGCUGGCAUGUUUGUCACUAAGUUCUUCGAGGGCAGUGUGCCCGUGAUGGAGCUCCAGCAGGAAGAGAAGAAGCUCCUGGCUCUGGUGGGCUGGGAGCUGCAGCAAUACAUCCAGCUCAUGGAUAAAGUCAAAAUCCGCGACGCUCUGAGACACAUCCUCAACAUCUCUCGCCAUGGCAACCAGUACAUUCAGGUCAAUGAACCCUGGAAGAAGAUUAAGGGAGGAGACACAGAGAGGCAGCGUGCGGGCACGGUCACCGGUGUGUCCGUGAACAUCGCCUGCUUGCUGUCGGUGGUGCUGCUGCCGUACAUGCCAGCUGUCAGCCAAACCAUCAGGGAUCAACUCAAUGCCCCUCAGUCCUGCAUCAACACCAUGCUGCAAGGCACUGGCACCUUUGUUUGUUGCCUGAGUGCCGGCCACCGCAUCGGCACUGUCAGUCCGUUGUUUCAGAAACUGGAGGUGGACCAGAUCGAGGCUUUGAAGAAGAGAUUUGGUGGACAGCAGCCUGAAGAUGAACCACCUAAAAAAAAGACGACAGCUCAGAGCGCUGGCAGCACUCAGCCUGCCGCUGUGCCAGCUGCUGCUGCUGAGGUGGCGUCGGUGAACGGAGUGGACCCAGAAAAAGCCAAGCAGCUCACACAGGCUGUGACUGAGCAGGGGGAAAAGGUGCGAGCACUCAAAGCCCAGAAGGCGGAGAAGGCCGUGAUCACAGCAGAGGUGGCCAAACUGUUGGAGCUUAAGAAACAGCUGGCUGUGGCUGAGGGGAAGAGCUCUGAGCCUGCACCUCAGAAGGGCAAGAAGAAGUGAGACGGGGGAAAAAGUGAAAGUAAAAUAGAGGUUAGUGAGGGGAAGGAAAGAGUAGAAUGGUUUGAGGUAUUGUGGCGAAUGGGAACAAGAUGUACACUAAAAGAGAUGAGGGUAUUACCUUAAGGCAAAGCCGUGACAGGAUCUAAGACAAUGUGGUGUUGGCACUGAGGACUAAUGAAAUGCUGGAUGGGCCGACGGGGGAAAUGAAAACACAAAGACUCCAAUGAAUACAGCUACAGAAAGGAGGGAUUUGUAAAAAUCCCUACACCAAAAGAAACCGAUUUUAUACUCUCCCUGUGAUAGUCAGCAUACGGUAUUAGUGUUGGAAGGUGUGUUGUACAUUUAAAGACUUUUUUUUAUCUCCCAGAAUUCUUUAUUUUUUCCUCAAUUCGCUACAAAUACAUUUUUUGGAUCCAGAAAAUAAAUUGAUUAAAUUCACAUGAAAUUGUCUUUACCGUCCUCCGUUCUUAAUCAUCUCUAGUUUACAAAAACAAAAGCAGUCACACACACACACAAACAUUACAUGACGCGAGAAACUGCACAUUAUUUUUUUUUUUAUUGCAGAUUUGGGAUUACAAUGAAGGAUAAAAUAAUUGGUAUGGUAAAAUACAUGUAUUUGAUGCCAUGAAUGAUAAAAGCCAUGCAUAUUACUCAAUUACAAUUUGUAUCUGCAGUGAGAAAAUAACAGUGGAUAUGUCGGCAUUUUACAGUACAAGCAUUACAGUAGAAGUGUGUGUGUAUAUAUAUAUAUAUAUA